UGGGCCAGGAGCCCGGCCCGCGGAGGGAGGGCGCACCCCGCCCGGGAGCCCUCCGGGCAGCGCCGCCCGGCCCGGGGUCCCUCGGCGGGAGAGAGGGCCCGCGGGGGCGAGAAGCCCGGGUCCGAGUGCGGGCUCCGCCGGCCCGCGCUGCAUCCUUGGUCGAGUCACGCCGCUCUGUCUGGGGGCACGGAAUCGCCCCGGGAGGCCUCACCGCCCGCUGCGCUCGCCCCUGGCCCGGGAGGGGGCGCCGCUGGGGAGAGGGGUGGGGAGCGGCCGUCUGAAGGGAGACUGCGGGGGAUGCGAGGCGUCCCCCCGGGCCUUUAGGGAUGUUGAGGCUUUGGACCGCCGACAAGGGGGAAGGGCUCUCCAGAUGGAGGGACGGCCUGGGUAGGAUCCGGGAAGCGGGGAAAGUCGGGCCUGAGCGCCCGCUCUCAGGGAUCCGGAACCUCAGACCACUCCCUCUUUCGGCCGUGCUUGUCUCCCUCCCUCUCCUCCAGAUGGGAAACAUUGAGUCCCAGUGGGAGCAGUGGUGUGCUUGGGCGAGGCUCUGGCUCGGAGGUCCAGUCGCAGAGUCCACUCCCCUUCGUGCUAGGGGAGUCCCCUGGCCUCAGUUUCCGCAUCUGACACCUGCGGGCAGAAGUUCCCACCUCCUCGUCAGACUCGGCUAAGCCUCUAGCUCUGAGAGGGUUAAAAGCCACCCUUCUCUCAGAAGGACACCCUUUUGGUCUCCCCCAAAUGCUGAGUGAUUGACCGCUCUGUGGAGGCCCCUUGGGGUCUCCGAAAUCGAUCUGUGCCCUCCUUCAACAAACACCCGGGAACACCUGGUGUGCUCCGGCCCUGGCGCUCCCCCCGCCCCUGCCUCCACUCCAGCUGUCCAAGGACUUCCCCUUUGUCACCUCCUCCCAAUGAAGGAGUCGUCGUCCUGCUCAGGGUGACAAAGCAAGGCCCAGGCUAGCGGGGACUACCCCCUCAGUGCCCACAGCCAGAUCCCCUAGGGGAGUCCCCAGAUCAGGCCCAAAUAAAAACAGGAAAAAAGAAAAGGAGGGUCGAGAUGGAACCCUCUCAGUUGUUCAUUUUCCUCCCAAACAUGUUUCUAGUGCCUCUGGUGCCUGUCCCUCCUUGUCUGCUAGGGUCACGCGAUAGAUACCAGAGGACAAACACCGAAGUGGAAAUUCUGUAAAAUGUGUUUUGCUUCCCUGUACCCAUCGAAGCCCUAUAGCUGCCUAGGCUAGUGGACUUGCUCCUGCUGUGUGCAAGGGUCCCAGGUCCCCAGUGUGUGCAGGGUUGGCAAAAUCUUUCAAGGUGACUUACUUGGAACAUCAGAAAGUUGUGACUCACCACAUUACCUAAUCAGCCCCAGCCAGCAGCUCCCAAACCCACGCGGCCAUGGCGGUCCAGAUCUUCAAGGACCCGGGGCAGCAGGGGAUGCAGGUCCCCUCGGGUCUGAGUUGGUACCAGGGCAGAGCGAGACAAGGUGGCUGCCAGGGACAUUCUUAACAAGAAGGGGUGGAUGAGAAAAGGGAAGCUUGACGUGUGAAAACGGCUCUUCCCCACCACAGCUCGCCCACCCCGCAGCUGCUGCACCUCCAGGUGGGUAGAGGGGAUGGUUCCACCUUUGACCUGGCUACCCAGGCUGUGCUCAGGCAGUGCUCUCUGGAAUGCACUUCCUUCCAGCCAGGCGCCUCUUAGGUGUGCCCUCACCUCCCGUUGAGCCUUACCCCUUCUCUCCAGAUUGGAAGCUCCUGGAGGGAGGAAGCUUGCCUGAAGCCCGGUGCCCGGCCUGACACAUAGUAGGCAUUCACUACAUUUUCCUUGAAUGAAUUAACUGAAAGAAGUAGGGAAAAAAUUCCACAUUCACAUCACUUGGAUAUAACUAUCGUUAAAAGUUGCCCUUUUUGCCAGACUUCUUAAAAAACACAUUGGUACAUAUUUGAGUGUCUUGUUUAUACAAACAUCUCAAAUGCCUCACCUUUCUCAAAUUAUUUUUUUAUAUUUUUCAGUGCUUAGGUAUUGUUACAUCUUAUUUAGUUAAUGGACCUCAUUUGACAUUUAGGUUUUGUUGGUUUUUUAAAAAUAUUUGGCUCUUUUAGAUGUUACAUUGAGUUCAUACAUAAAUUUAUACAUUGCCAGAUUUUUUUCUGGAAAGGGAAUUACUUGGUAGUCACUGGAUAUGAACCUCUCGGAUGGUUAUACCUAGAACCAGCAGGCUCUCCAAAGGGACUGUACCAUUGCCCACUUCCUUAGGCUAUGAGUGUGCGUUUCUUGUUAUUUCCUGGAAAUGAAAUUACUGGGUGAAAGAGUAUGAACAUCUAGGAUCUUUGUGUGUUUCUUACUCAUUUGUUUGAGUUCAUCAAUGAGAUGUUUGCCCCUUGUCUGGUCUCUUUGCGGCAAAGAUCUUCUCCCAGGUUGUCAUUCGGCUUCUGUUUUUGCUGCUGAUGGUGUGUAUAUUUGAGCAGCACUUUUUAUUUUACUUUAUCUGUGUGUGUGCUUUUCAAUAAGGUAGACUUGACUGUACUUAUAAGCUGAUGGGAAAGAGCCAGAAGAGGGAGUGGCUGCAGCCCCUGGAGAAGGAGGGGCAGGUCGGUAGAAUGAGGUCCCAGAGGAUGCAGGAGGUGGGAGGGGUCUGGAACUGGUCCAGAGGGAUCUUCUGAGCUGAUGAGGACAGCAGGUGGGAGGGAGGGGGCUGGGAGGACAUCUUAUGAAUCGGCUCAGAUCUUCCUAGAGAAGGAGGUAGAAAAAGCAUCAGUGGAGAGAGGGUUCUGCACCCGAGGUUCCCAGCUCCCUGUUGCUGUUUGCCCCCCCCCCCCAUUCCCUUGAGUCCUCCCUGCUUCCCUGGGAGGUAGCAGGUGUUAUCACCUCCACUGACAAACUCCAGAGGGAGGGGAAGUGCCUUGCUUAGGGUCAGUCAGCUGAUGAAUGGCAGGGCUGGAUUCAAAGAAGGCUCUCCCUGCACUAACCACAUGCCCUUGAGAAUCGCUUUCCUCUCCGAGCCUCCAUCUCUAGUAGAUAUCGGGAAGCGGUACCCAUCUUACUCUGUCUGGUGCUUGGUGAGUGAGCGUCCCUUCCUCCCCUGUCUACCUCUGUUUGUCUUCUCUCUGGAAAGACCCCAGUGAGUCCAGGGGCUUCCAGCUCCACAGGGCUGGCCACAGAGCUAGGAGGGCCCCUUCCCCUUCCCUUCCUUGUGGGUGCCUGCACAGUCACCCCUGCGCCCACACUCUCACCCAGCAGGAGCACACAGCCUUCUGGAUGUCACACCUGUGCAAAGUCUGAGUUGCUGGGUGAACGUGAGAAAAUGGGAAAAGAGAUCUUUACGUUCUGUGAGCAGGCUCGACUUGAAAGCACAGAAGCCAUUGUCCCAGAUACUGAUACGGAGCCCAGAGAGGCACCCCUCCCCUCCCAGUUGUCUGAAGUCUUCAAUUGCUUCUUCCCACAGGCCUCCAAGGCAAUCGCCUGAGUUGAGGGCAGGCUUCCAUGAACUGAGCCCCCUCUAGGUGCCAGACGCUUUGUUACCUGGUCUUUUUUAAACCCUCUCAGCCAUCCUGUGCUGUCAGCCCCAUUUUACAGAUGAGGGAACUGGGACUCAGACUCAAGCGCCUCUUCUUUACCACAGUGAGAUCUGAGCCCCUGGCGUGGUGCAGCCCCAGGUGAACUUGGCUCCUUUCACCUGGCAGAGGGUGUUUGAAUCCCAGCUGCGCUUGUUUCCAACUCAAGCUGUAAUUGAUUAUAAGAGGACCUGCCUGGCAGCUAAUUGGGAGGAUUAAACGAGUUACUGAAGGAAAACCGCUUUGACCUUUGGCUGUGCAUGCUCUGUGUAAACACUGCUCCGUGUGAGUGGAGGCGUCAGAAAAGGACUAGAAAGGGUAUUACCAAAAUGCUGACAUGUCAUGUGCCCACACCUCAAGUCUUCAAGAUAAAGAGCAAAGAAGGAGGUGUCACUGCAGGGUGGCGACUGGACAUCCGCUGCACCUCCACCAUGUGCGCGUGUGCGCGUGUGCGCGCGCGCACACACACACACACACACACACACACACACACUCUAGAAAGACUGGAAGCCCCACCCCCUGUGAUCCCACCAUUGGCGAAGUGUCUGUGCAUGCGUGCUGUGGAAAUACAGAGGCAGUACCCAAAGGAUAAAUUCACAGACUGGGAUGGCGUGGCGAAAGGACCAGCCGGUUCCUGCUGGAGCCUCCUGAUAUCAUCUGGGGAGAUGGCGUCCAGGCCCCCCGACUGCCUGCUGCAGCUGCUCCGGGGUGCCCAGAGGCAGUGGGUCUGCACCCUGUUCAUCAUCGGCUUCAAGUGCAUGUUUUUGGUCUCCGUCAUGGUCUACUGGCACAUUGUGGGAGAGCCCGGGGACCAAGGACAGUUCUCUAACCUGCCUGCUGACAUACCCUGCCCGCGCUUGGUCCCGCACACACCGCCCUCCGGCACCCCACCUCCCGGCAACAUCUUCUUCCUGGAGACUUCUGACCGGACGGACCCCAACUUCCUGUUCAUGUGCUCCGUGGAGUCAGCAGCCAGGGCCCAGCCUGAGUCCCGGGUGGCGGUCCUGAUGAAGGGGCUGCCCGGCGGGAACGCCUCCCUGCCCCGGCACCUGGGCCUCUCGCUUCUGGGCUGCUUCCCCAACGUCCAGAUGCUCCCGCUGGACCUGGAGGAGCUGUUUCGGGACACGCCCCUGGCAGCCUGGUACACGGCCCUGCAGCAGCGGUGGGAGCCCUACGUGCUGCCUGUGCUCUCCGAUGCCUCCAGGAUUGCGCUCAUGUGGAAGUUUGGAGGCAUCUACCUGGACACGGACUUCAUCGUCCUCAAGAACCUGGGGAACCUGACCAACGCGCUGGGCACCCAGUCCCGCUAUGUCCUCAACGGCGCCUUCCUGGCCUUCGAGCGCCACCACGAGUUCAUGGCGCUGUGCAUGCGUGACUUCGUGGCCCACUACAAUGGCUGGAUCUGGGGCCACCAGGGCCCGCAGCUGCUCACGCGGGUCUUCAAGAAGUGGUGCUCCAUCCGCAGCCUGGGCGAGAGCCACACCUGCCGCGGCGUCACCACCCUGCCCUACGAGGCGUUCUACCCCAUCCCCUGGCAGAACUGGAAGAAGUACUUCGAAGACGUCAGCCCCGAGGAGCUGUCCCGGCUGCUCAAUGCCACCUAUGCUGUCCACGUGUGGAACAAGAAGAGCCAGGGCACGCGCUUCAAGGCCACGUCCAGGGCACUGCUGGCCCAGCUCCAUGCCCGCUACUGCCCCACGACGCACAAGGUCAUGAAGCUUUACUUGUGAGGGGCCUGCCUGCCUGGCUCCCUCCCUGCGCCCGGCGUUCGGAAGGAAAGGGCUUGGCCCCCCUUCCUGGGGAGACCGGAGCUGCUGCAGCGCGGGAUCUGGGGCAGGCAGCAGGGAGGGCGGGGAACUGUCGGCCCAAGAGCUGU